CACAAACUUUGCCGGGUUGUUUUGGUUCCGUGCGGGUGUGUUCAAAACGGCCUGCGGUCGCCUGCCCCGUUCUGAACCUAUGCUCGUACAAAGAUUCACGGUGCUAGUAUGCUGUGCUGUAUUUGUCGGCGUACUAUCGUUGCUCGUCUCUGCGACGGAGCCAUAUCCUACAUGUCCUGGUGCAAAUAGGCCGUCACAACCGUGUUCAGCCUCCGUGUCCAAAGAGACCCUGCCACGGAAGUAUCUCAUGCAUGAUGUCAACCCUGGUGAGGGUUUCAACUUGAGAAGAGAUGUCUACAUGAGAGUAGCCAGGCUUGUGGCUGCACUUAAUGCAGAUUCGCAGCGUGAAGAAUGGGUGCUUGUUUUGCCACCAUGGGGUCCUUUGUAUCAUUGGCAAAGCAAAGAUAUAGGUUCACAAAUGAAGAUCAGGUGGGAACGAUUUUUCGAUAUAAAAAGCUUAGCAGGCUAUGUGCCUGUCAUGGAAUUUGAAGAUUACAUCCACAGCAUAGGACGCCUUAUUGACAAAGUAUUCUACCUGCAACAUUAUCCAAGCACAUUUACCUCGUCCAACUGGGUUGAAAAAUAUGAAGAGGGUUCAUGCCUGGAGGAGACUGGCUACUUUGAAGAGAGCAAUGGCGAAUUCACUGGCUGGUUUUGGGGCUACAACGAUGUUGUGAGCAAGGAAAUUUCUUGCCUUUAUGUCCAGGGCUCUGGCUCCACUUUAAAGCCACUGCUUCAAGAACAUUCAAACCACACUUCCAUCAUGCUAGAUCGUGCUGAAGUUAUGCUCCAUGAUAAUUUCGGUGACCCAGAUUAUUGGGAGAUAAGGCGAAGCAUGCGCUUCUCCAAGAGACUUCGUGAUGUGGGAGACACGUUUCGCCGAGAUAGCCUGAAUUCGGACGACAAAAGGGACAGCACAGUGCUCGACGAAGACUGGAAAGUUGUCCCCAACAGUACAGGCCAUGCCCUAGGCGGCCCAUACCUUGCAGUUCAUCUCAGGCGCCAGGACUAUGUGAAGAGCCGUCCCAAAGAUGUCCCUGACCUCAAGUGGGCAGCAGAACAGAUCAAAGUGCUGCUUGAGAAGCAAGGCCUGAAGAAGGUGUUUGUUGCAACUGACGCAGGAGAUGAAGAAUUCCAGACACUGAGAACAUACCUCCCUGAGGCUGUGCGGUUUGAGCCCAGCAAAGAAUUCGUGGAGAUCAAAGAUGGUGGGCUAGCAAUUGUUGAUCAGUGGAUAGCAGCACAUGCAAGAUAUUUUGUGGGCAGCUAUGAGUCAACAUUUUCUUUUCGAAUUCAAGAAGAAAGAGAGAUAAUGAAUUUUGACCCUGACACGACAUUCAAUAGGCUGUGUGGAAAUGGACAAAAAACAUGCACUCAACCAACUAGAUGGAGAAUUGCAUAUGCUGACUGAUCAUCACUCAAGUAACUUAGUGCUGUCUGCAGAGGCAUUUGGCCUAGAGCUGCAUGCUUCACUCAGAUAGCAGCAUAUAGUUGCACCUAGUGCCUAACUUCGUUUCAAUCGCAAUAUUUUUUUAGUCAGAUGUGCCUGCAUUAGUGUAAUGAUCUUAACUUAAAUGUGGUGUCCUUCAAUAGGUCAAACCACAGUCAUCUAAUCAGUGAGAAAUAUAUUCUCUAAGUGUAAGCGCAGGGCUAUGGAAAGAAAGAGAGCUUGGCAAUGCGCAAAUCACUGGCCAAGUGCUCCAAUGUCCAAGUGAACAGAAGAAACUAAAUAUAAGCUGUAAUUCUUUGUGUACUUAAUACAUUGAAGGGACCAUGCAACCCUCAGAACAUAAUCAAAAAACGUUGCCAACUUGUAGUUGAUGUUUGUGAGCCAAAAUAUUAUUGCUUUACAUGCAGGCAGGAACUUAAAAUUUUGUGUCUGAAAGACCCAAUGACUGCUUGUUCCAUUCGUUGCAGUGUCUUUGCCAGCUUCGUAGCAGGCCCGACUACGCAGCUAGCGAGCACGACAAACAAUGGCCAAUUUCAUGAUAGGCAUACCAGUUGACGAUUAGAGAAGCCACACGCUGAAUUUCGUAUUACAACAGAUGCUUGAGGAAAAAAUCCACCAUUAUGGUACCGUGCUAACGUUGCCAGCUCAUGAGACACCUGCUGGACUUCACAGUAGUAGUAUUUAGUUUUGGUUAGCCUAACCUAAGCCAGCUAUCUAUUUGCACUGUGUUUUUCUGCAUGCAGCGAGGUAUAUGUACUGUUGUUCAUGCAGCUGGUAAAUGUGGCUGGUUGAAAUUUUCAAUGGUUUUGCAUGGUUUUCAGCAGUCCCGCACUACCAAUAAUAUAUGACUUUUUGCGUUUUUCUGAGAAAUUUGCUGUUACUCGACAAAGUCUAAGCUAGAAGUGAAAAGCUUCGGCCACAAUAGUGCGAUGUCUUGACAAGGUGCAGAGAGCACUGAAGUAGUGGUGAAUGUGAGUGAACACGGCGAGUUCGUUUGAACUCAUUGUAACAGCAUCGCAACAGGACAUCAACGCAUUGAGAAGUCACAACUUUGCUUCCAUUUAAAAGGGGCUGUGUCGAAUUUCGAAAGCAGGCGAUUGCAUAGAAAAUAUACCAUUAGUGCCAAAAUAUUCGUGAAUAAAGCCUUUUCUAUAUGUGCUGUCA